AUGCAGCCUUUCCAACGCCAAGACUAUGUGAAGGGAGAGGAGAGGAGCGGAGCUAGCAAAGCGGUUCAAGAACAGACCGAGGACUCCUCCCUCAUCCAGUCCUUGUACGACACGAUAUCAAAGCUGAACAUACAGCAAACUCCUGUGACCAGACAAGAUGAGGAGGCGGAGGCGGAGGAGUGGAAGGAAUCUAACGAGCGAAACUUCUCCAUGCCAAGCUCUCAGGGAUUUGGUUUUAGCCGAAUCGUCUUGAUGCAUGAGAGGAAAGAGGUUUUCACAGAUCAAGGCGAGUGGAAGGACAACGAAGCCAAGGAGGACCAGCGCAAUGACGUCAGACUGAACCGCUCGAGAGCCUUCGAUGGAAAUCUGAAGGAAAACAAGAACAAAGCAAAGCAGGCAGAGGAGCAGGAUGGAGCCAAGCUGAGGCCAGACAACUAG